CUAUUUUAUGACCUUAUGUGUGGAAAAACAAAGUCAUCUUCCUUGCUUUCAAAUUUUAUACCCUGCUUGAUUGAUAUGGAGAUCAAAUCCGGAAAUUUGUUGCAUGAAAACAUUGAUUCUACAUAUGAUAAAUUAGCUGAACUGAAAGCUUUUGAUGAAACAAAAGCUGGUGUAUUGGGUCUUGUACGACGUGGUGUGACAAAGAUUCCACGCAUGUUCUAUUCUGAAGAAUUAAACAUUACUGAAAACUCUAAUGGUAACACAAAGUUAAGUGUUCCCGUUAUUGACCUCAAAAACAGAAACAACGAUCCUGCUCUUCGUGUGGAAAUUCUUAACCAAAUUCGAACUGCAUGUAAGGAGUGGGGAUUUUUCCAAGUGAUUAAUCAUGGAAUUCCUGUUUCUGUCUUGGAUGAAAUGAUUGAUGGAACUCUUAAGUUUCAUGAACAAGAUGAGGAUUUGAAAAAACCAUAUUACUCACGUGAUUUAAUAAAGAAAGGAGUUACAUAUUUCUCUAAUAUGUCUCUUUUUAGCGGAAAUCCAGCUGAUUGGAGAGAUACACUUGAUAUUGUUGUUGGUCCUGAAUCACUCAAAUCAGAGAAAGUACCAGAAAUAUGCAGAGAUAUUGUGGUUGAAUUUUUACACAAUAUAAGACAAUUGGGUUCCUUUAUGGCUGAGUUGUUGUCUGAGGCACUAGGACUUAAUCCUUCUUACCUCAAUGAUUUGAAUCCUAGUGAUAGAAGAAUAUUUAUAAUGGGUCAUUGCUAUCCACCAUGCCCUGAACCUGAAUUAACUGUGGGAGCUACCACACAUACUGAUGCUAAUUUCUUCACAUUGCUUCUACAAGAUCAACUUGGUGGCCUUCAAGUUCUUCAUGAGGGUAAAUGGGUCAAUGUUCCUGCUCUACAUGGAGCUCUUGUUGUAAACAUAGGUGAUCUUCUACAGCUUGUCUCAAAUGACAAAUUUGUAAGUGUUUAUCAUAGAGUCUUAUCCCAAAAGGUAGGCCCAAGAAUUUCUGUAGCAAGUUCCUUUUUGAAUGUUCAUGACCCAAAUGAAAGUGAUUUAAAGAUUUAUGGUCCUAUUAAGGAACUCACUUCAGCAGAAAAUCCACCAAUCUACAAAGACAUUACAAUAAAAGAUUUCUAUGGUCAUUAUUUUGCAAAAGGACUUGAUGGACACUCUUCCUUGGAGCCUUUUAAGUUGUGAAUUCAACAUGUUCAUGUUCUGUUGGAUUUCACUGAGCUACCAUACUCUACCUAAAUAAAAACUUGUGUGUUUUCAUAAUGUCAUAAGUUUCUGAAACUGAAAUAAAUGAAGUAUUAUAUAUGUUUGUGUAACA